AUAAGUAGAAACAGUUGUUCAGUUGUAGGUAGGAUGAUGGUGCUUGGUUACCAGAAGUCAGCAUGGCACUAACAACAGCAUGGAGUGGUCUGGACUGGAAGCAAGACACUGUCUGGACCUCCUCUCAUGGAAGGUGGACGUGGAGUGGUGUGGCUUUGUGUUGUCUGAGUGUCCGCAGACUCCCCCCACCUCCCACUACUCUGACGUGGACUGGGAAACUCUCGCCUCCAGUCUCGGCCUUGGAGGACCCCUCCCUCUCACCUCCUCAUCACUCUCAUCUUCAUAUGGACCAGUGAAGGUAACUGGAGUGGUGUUGUUGCUGGGGCUGGGAGGCUACCUCUGCUAUAAGCUGUACAAGGUGUGGCUGUACCAGCAGUACCAGAGUAGCAGCAGCAGUGGUAGAGACGACAAUGCUCCGCCUCCUCCAUCUUCUUUCGCUGAGGGCACCCCGGCAUUCAGCUACCAUCAUAUGUCCAACCCGCCUGCCAGUAUUAAUGACUUCUUGAAUGUCAAAACUCGAUACUUCGGACCACUACACGCAAACAAUGACGACAACUAUUCUGAAGGCGAAACAAUCCAUUGUCACGACUUCUCAUGUCCUGUGGAGUUGACGGAGAGCCAGAGCCGGCCCCGGGAGAGGCGACGGAGAUACAAGCUGACCUCUCCGCCUUCUGUCAGCUCCCGACGGGGCUGGCUGCUGCACAAGAUACAGUCCCUUGCCCCUGGGCCUGCUUCUCAGGCUUCUAACAGUGGAGACGAAAGGUACAACAGACAGUCUCCGAGAGGUGAUGGCAACAGCACCGGUACUUCAUCUACCGGAUCGAGCCCUAUCUCUCACCCCCACCUCCACUCUCUGUCGAGGGACCUCUCGUUCGACUCGUUACUGUUCAGCCGCACGCAUCGAGAGGGUUCUAUAGACAGCAUGUCCUCGGAGCUGAGCCUGGAUCUACCAUCGUUUGCCGAGCAAGCAACGGACAGUGUCACGGUUGCACGACUAGACCAGCUGCAGGAGGAGAUCGACCAGCUCAAGUCCAACUGUCAGCUGAUGGACGAGGACUUCGAGACAGUGAAAGGCAGCCGCAACCUGCCGGGAUUGGCCGAGCUUAUGGAGGCCUCGGAGCUUAAGGACCAGCAAGAUCUCACUGUGGAAGAUAUCGUCAAGCGUCAGAGCGCAAAGGCCUGUUUUAAAGGCCUGUACAGCCUGACAACGAUAAACCGCAGCGUGUCAAUGGACCUGUCACUGGAGGAAGACACCGGCCCGACCAGCAGUCAGUUCAACUUGACUCAGCUGGCCGAGGAGGAACAUCUGCCCAGCCUGGAGUGGGACGAGGAGUAUGACCAGGGUCAGCAAGACAGUUGGGGCGAGGAACCUCACACCACAGAUGUGUCGACACAGCUCCCCCUCGGCACAGCCAGCCCUAACUUAUCUUCAAAGCUGGAUACUAGUGGAUACGGCAGCAAGUUAGAUUUGUCAGCAUCCCUCACUGGUUCACAGUUCAGCUGUUUCGAGUCGCCCACCUCUCCUGGAGAGGAGUUGUACGAUCCUCUCAGUCCAGCCUUUAUCCGGUCAAUGUCCUGCGAGAGUGUGACUGAGACAGACAGUGGUGCCAGUGAUGUGGAGAGUCCGACCCUCGACAACGCUGCCUACAGGUUGGCCAACAUUGGCCCUCGAGUGGAUGUUAUGUCGUACGCGCUACAGGAGUGGACUGGCAACACUGCUACAGCCAAAACCAUCCUCAGAGGUUACAAAGAGGUAAAAGAGACGUUGCGGUAUCGCUUCUUGAGGCAAAUAAGAGGCGACAAUUACUGCGCAUUGCGCAGCACCAUCUUCCAAACAUUGGCACGAGGCUUGUCGGUGCCGAGCAGUGCUGCAGCCAUGGAGAGGCUGAGUCAGGCGCAAGACAUCGGCAGCCGAUGGUAUCAGCACUGGAGGUUCAAUGGGCUUCCGUACACAGGCACCAAUCUCCUACGGGGCAUGGAGAUUUGCUUGCAAUCUCUCGACAAUAUUCAUGCACUGCUGCAGAGCAACCAGAGGUCUGUGGAGGAGCGGGAAGACACCCUCCAGCACCUGCUGAACACUGAUCCGACCCUUGACCUUCACCUCAUGGAGGCCGUGAAACUACACAUGAUGGUGGCAGCACUGAACUUGCACGACAGCUACUCCAAGGGGCAGGACGUUCCACUGUUUUCCAUACUCCUUUUUGCCAGAGAUACUUCGGAAGUGCCUCUAGAUUUCAUGAACAAUCACCUGGUCAAAGUGGGAAACACCGGCGGUCUGGAGCAGGUAGAAAUGUGUCUUCUGGGCUACACUCUACAGGUGAGUCUGAAGGUUGUCCGAUUAUCCGAACAAGGCACUCAACAGUUUGUCUGCUACUAUCCAGAUGACGAUGUGGGUUCAUGGCCUGAAGUCACCCUGGUAGCGGAAGAUGACCGUCAUUACAACGUUCUCUCUCCGUUUAAUAAUACAUCAUACAUUGUACAUGCUGUAAUCAUUUUAUAAUGUAGACAUUUAUUUUGUAUAAAUUGCGGCUGGGCUAUAAAGGGCUGUAUUUUAAUAGAAUAAAAUGCCAAUAUUUUUUUAAAACAAGAACCAGAAAUGGAUAUUUGGGAGCUGUGACUCCUGCAGGGUUACUGAAAGUUUGUGCUAGGAAUGAUAUAGAGACUGAUAAGUGCUAGGAAGGAGCAUUUGAGUGCUUUACUUUCGUAAGACUCGAGAUAAAUGCUAUUUUCCAUGCGGAAUGUAAUAAAGCAUCUACCCUUCAGAACAUAUCAGUUUUGCAAUUUAGUCAUAUGCUGAAGGGUAGUUGCUUUAUUUUUAUUUUUGUAGAAUACUGAUAUUGGAGAGAAAGGUGUACGCUUUUUUGUGCUUGACUAUUUACAGUUUUCACACCAGAGAAUAAAAUACUGUUUCUCAAUAGUAAGAGAUUUUUUAAAGUAACCUUUGGUUAUUGUUCAACAUGCCCACAAGAAGUUUUACACAUAUUUGUUGCGUACUGUAAUAAUUUUUUAGUUUUAGUUGUAGUCAUAAACGUUGGAUUCUAAUGUAAUUAGGAAUAUAUAUUACGUUAGUGAUGAAAAACGUAGAAAAGUGUACAAAAAUAGAAUAUUAUGUGAAAAACAGCGGAUAGCUUUAAAUUUUCUUUAGAGCGCUGGAAUAUUUAAAAAAGCUUUAAGUUUAUCUUGUUAUUAUUUAUUAUUGUAUGCACAAACGUAUAUCCUUGUCACGUACUAAUAGUUCUCAUCUAUACAGCUUUAUAUAAAGAAAAACAUUUACAUAUACGUAUUUACUAUACUAUGGAUUGUUAUAUACGUUUUCCACUAUCUAAACUUACAGAAAAUAGAAACACAUUUCAAGUCUUGAAAUCUGUUCUCUCUUUUUCUGGUGGAUGAAUAAUCUAAAUAUGGUAUAGAUGGAAUACAAACGUCUAAACUUACUUAUUACUUACUCACUCUGCAGAAGAAAUGGUUGAAUUACAGUACUUUGCAACGUGUUUCUGUUAUUUUGUAACUUAACAGUGAAAAAUGCCUGUAACAGUCCUGUUUCCAGUUCAAAUCCUCGCAUAAUGAAGAAUAAAUUUAACAAUACAGUAUUUUUUCAUUUUGAAAAUGUAUGCUCCUAAAUACUCAUUGCAUGAGGCCUGAAAAUAUACAUUGUUACAAUAUUAAUUAAUAUCAAUAAACGUAAAUAUGCUGUGAAAAACGUAUCUACUUAAAUAUUUAUGUAUUGUGAUAACUUAAAAAGAUUAACCGUAUACUAUUUAACAUUAUUUGAAAAUGUAUAUGUUUACAUUUCAACUUGAGCUUGUUAAUGUUGAGAGGUAAUUAUUUGGAAAAAUAGCUCAAAACUCAAAUUAUUUAUUCUACACAUUAGCAAAUGGUUGCAUUAAUAUUACAUACAUUGAAUUGGACCUACAUAUGCUACCUGAAGUGUGUGAUUCGAAUAAAAAUUGUGUGUUAUUUGGAUUUGACAUUAUUAACAUAUUUCAUUAUCAAAGACAAAAGCUCAUUUAUGGUAUAAAAAUAUUAAACCAGAAAUAAAAAUGUAUAUCAAGUAACAACUCCACCAUAGCACAAAUAAAUUUAUAAUAACUUAUGGAAAAAAAUCAAGAUCUCUUAUACAGUAAUGUAAUACUGUACAUUUAAAGUGUGUUCGUCAAAAAAGUAGAUUUCAGAUUUACAAAAGUGUAAUGUUCUGGUUUAUUGGAAAUUUUUGUUAUGUAUUUUUUGUCGGAAAGUAACAUCAGGAUGAGUGAAAAUUUAAAAUGCAAGGCAAACUAAACGUACAUGGUUUUUCUGUAGAGUAAUUCCAGUGAGUCAAUUACAAAACAAUUUUUGAAUUUUUCUUUCAAUACAUCAAAAUCUCUCAAAGUUUCUUACUGCGGUGACACACGGCUCCAGAGAGUUCACCAGGCAUUUAAUGUGCUAAGAUAAGUCUCAUCCAGAAUGUUCUUUACAAAUGCUUCCCAAUUAUCGUAAAAUGCUUUCCUUUCAUGCAUUCUUUCAGGCGUGGAAACAAAAAGAAGUCAGGGGAGCUAUGACUGGAUAUACAGAAGGUUGCGAUAAUCUUGUGAACAGAAUCUUGAGCUGCGUUGUCAUAAUUCAGCUUCCAGUCCUUUUCCGAUGUCUGGACAUAUGUGUUACAUCCUGUGUCUGAACCUUCCCCAUAUCCAAAUUGUUUGUAAAAGUCUCAUGGAGGAUAGUUUUUGGAAUGUCUGAUAACAGCUACAGUAAACGGAUACUCAAAAUACAAACUGAGUACUUUUUUUUUGUUUUUUUUUUUUUAAGAGACCUUCUUAAUCUUCUUUUAAGCCCUAUUCUGUCCGUUCUCAUGGACCACUAGCCUAUACGAGGAUCUUAUCAAACAGAAUAAGGGGGAGAGUUGAUACAGUACAAUAUCAGUGAGACUGAUAAAUAGUGCUAUGGUCACAGACGGGAUUUGAACCUGCGCUCUGCUUUCACUUGUCUCACAAUGUCAUUUGUGAUGCUCAUCAUUAGCCAUCCAGUGCAGGCUUCAUUACCAAGUUUAACACAAAACUUGAUUGCCAUCCAUUGUUCUAUUGAGCAUUGCAUUUCGACUUGCAUGGAGUCACAAAACCCCAUUGUUCAGUGCCAAUGGUGCAGUGUAGUGGGUAUUGUGCUUAUCGCGAGAUAACCGAGUCAAAUAACGUUGACCGUGGCUGCUACUUGGAUGGGUACCCACUGAGAGUUUCUGUCGUGAUUUUUACAGAGGGUUUCUUAGCCCUAAAUUCGUCUGGUGAAUACAUUCUUUACCCUUUUUAUCUGUAAAAAACAACUUCCACGGGAAUUCCUGUACCAACUUUCCGGCUGGUGGGAGAAGACAGCAUAAAAUCAAUCAUUCAUUAGCUAACUUCCCCCUCUACCAAUCCCAGCCAAUCCAAGUACGCUCUGGUGUACAGUCGUGUCAAAAAUAAUCACUGACUCAUUGACGUUACUCUUCAGACAAAACCUAUAUUGUGUUUUUAUUGUUAGUUUUUUAAUGGCAGAUUUUUUAACGUACAAGGCCUUUAGUUCCAGUUUCACAGCCUAAGUCAUAAAUUAUGAUUAAAAGUUCCUGAAAACUAUAAUGGCACUAAAAUUUAAUUAAAAUAUGUAAAACUGAAAUUUAUAAAUUCCUGUUAUUUAGUUUUACGAUUAACUUUACGUACCUUUUAAAUUCAGUAUUGGAUGUUGACGAUUAUCACGCACAUUGGGAGUGCACCACAGUAUUUCGUUAUUUGUAUUCACUUGUAUAUGUAUGAAAAAGUAAAUAAUGUAAAAUUUAUCUGUUAUUUAUAUUGAUGUUCUAGCAUUUUUGUAUUCUGUUUAGUUGAGAAACAUGCCUUGCUGUACAUUAAUAAAAUAUGUAUAUAAGCUACAAAUAUUUAUCUUUUCAGUUUUAUUUUAGGAGUAAGUUAUCACAGGAAAACUCUAGUCUGUUAUUAUUAUUAUUGUAGUGGCUAAGAAAUUAAAUGUUUUUAUCAGCAUUUAAAAAAUAUAUUUGAUUUUAAGCAUAUUUUAAAAUUAGUUAUGGUUUAUUUUAGUCAGUUUUAAUCCUGCUAUUUAUAAUUUAAUUUACUUGUACAUGUUAGUGUGUUAAAGUUAGAUUCUUAUAAAUUGUAGUAAUUUUAAGAUGUUUUACUCUUUAAUUAAUUUAAAAAUACGAUACUCAAAGGUCGGGUUAGGAUAAUUAAUUAAUUUGAAUGCCAAAGAAGAAUUAAUAUAACAUUUAUAUGAGGAUUAGUCAAAACAUUUUCGGAAUCAUCAUGACUGAUGACACAAAAUUGAGUAAUGGGUCACAUCAUCACUUGUGAGAAUUUAGUUGUGCUGCAGUUUGCAGAACUGAGAAGAUUACUAUGUGAAGGGGUAAUCUAGUAUAUAGCAUAUCUCAGAUUACUUUAUAUUUAUGUUUAUUAGCAUUACAGGAUUGAAAAAAAGUAUCAAACAGUGUGCAAAUCUAUUGAUGUGUGUUUUGUAUCAAAUAUCGGUACUCACUGCGGCCUUCAACAUGAUUUUUUGCAGCCCUUACAAUUUUUUAGAAAUGCAUUUAUUAAGUACCAACGCUUUUGAAUUGUAAGAGCUCUAGAAGUCACUAAAAUGCUCAAGAUUUUUCGUUUUUGUUUAAAUGCACUAAAUUACUAGCAGAGGCAGACGAAAUCAGGCCCUACAUCAAUCUGUGGUCUCCACUGCCAGUAGUCAUAAAGAACUCCGAUGCUACAAAACAUAUGAUGCAAUGUACUGUACUGUAUGGUUUCUGGAAGAAGCAGUUCGCGCACAAGUGUAGGGGUAUCAGCUGUGAGUAGUAGAGGAGGUAACAGCUACUGGCGCACUGCUGUCAUUGCUACUGACAUUCGACUGACUCUAUUUCGAUAUGCCUAUUCCCUACUCACAGCUUCUUGUCACUGUUCUACAUACAAUAACUAACAAAGAUUACAAGUAAACUUAACAUGCAGUAGAAACUGUGUUUAAUAUUAAUGUAAUGAAUUAAAAUGUUUUUAGAGUGGUGUUAGUUACUUGUUAUGUGUGAACUACUGUGUUUGAGGAAUUGGGUAGAGCUCAUGGCUGGCUGCGCAUGCGUUCAACGCUUCCUCGCCACUGCACAUACAACCAUAGCUUCUUUACAUAGUUAGUAAAUCAGUAAAAAAGAGAUGUGCGCCGAGAUGACAUAGAUUUUCAGACGUCUCAACUGGAAAAUCUUUCAUGUUUUCACUACUAGUAACUACUCACAGUCAGUUCCAGUUUUAUUCCGUUCAGUUUGAGUAUGUGCUAUCAUUUGUUCUAAGUUGUUUUUGUGAUUUUAUUUUUCUUCAGUGGGUUCGUUGUUUAUGUUUGUAAAACAUUUUUUGUUAGUUUUAAAGAUUAAUAAGAACUGUUGAACUGUAAAAUAUGGCAGUGUUUGUUCAAAGAACAGAAAAAUAAAUUAUAAGAGGAAAACAGUGAAUUCUAAGUUGAGUGGGAAAAUGAGCUUUUCUUUGUUAAAGGUAAGAAAGACAUGUUAGCCCUAUGUUUAAUACGUCGUGAAACUGUCAAUGGAAACAUCGGUACAGUUUGAAUACGCAUUAUUCUACUAUUCAUUCAAAUUUUGAAGAGAAAUAUAAAAACAAAUCCAAGCUUAGAGAAGAAAAAUUACAAACUUUGAUUUACAAAAUGUAAAACAUUGUUCUCAUAUUUCCUAAACAGUAAACAAAUAUUGGAUGAUGCUGCAAAAUUACAGUUGUCCGAUUCAAGUUGCAUGAGAAGGUCAAAAGACUUGGAAGCAAAUAUAAUGUGAAAUCUAAUUGAAGCAAUUUUUAGUCUUGCCAUUGACACAUCCACAGGCGUUACAUCAACUUCUAAAUUGCCUUUGUUUGUCAAAUAUUUGUCUAUGACAAAUUUUUUACAAACUCAUUUUCCAGAUGGUAGCGUAAAAGAAGAUCUUUUAGGAAUGGUUCCAAUGAGUGGGGAAACACGUGAUGUUGAUCAUUUUUAUGCAGUAGCUCAUUUAUUUAAAUGGUUACAACAUUGACAUAUAGAAAAUAUUUUCUGUUUGCCCAGAUAAGUCCAUUAAUGGCAGGGCAAAAUGUAGGUUUUAUUCAGCUGUUGAAAAAACACUUAGGAAAUGAUAACUUACUAAGUUUUCACUGCAUAAUUCACCAAGAAAGUCUUGCUGCAAAGUUCAGUGAAAAAUUUAAAUCAGUUAUGAAAACAGUUGUGAGCAUUAUGAAUUUUAUCAGGUCAAAGAAAUUAAAUCACAGAAUGUUCAAAGAGUUUUUAAACUAACUCAUAUCACAAUAUGGAGAUGUGCUUUACCACAGAGGUAAGAUGUAUGGCAAAGGUAGAGGUUUAGAACGAUUUUUCAAUCUUUGCCAUGAGAUCAUUUUGUUUUUGUCUAAAAGAAAAAUAAGACUAUCCUGAAAUUCAUGAUUUUGGUUUUUGGCUGAAAGUAGCAUUUAUUACAGAUACCAUGGAUUUUGUUAACAAAAUGUUGAUGAAAAUGCAAGGAAACACUCGCAAAAUGAUUAGUAUUGUUUUUUUUUAUCUGGAGAAAAAGCUUUCUACCAACAUUGAAGAACUCCUGCAGAAUUAUUUCUCCAGUUGUAAAAUACUUUUCUGAGAUGGUAAAACUUCUUUCAAGUCUCAAAGAAGAGAUUUUUCAGGUUUGGUGAGUUCAGAAACUAUCAUGAUUCAUUUUGUUCGGUUGAAAAUCCUCAGGAUGGGUAAAGUUCGGGGUAGGGACUGCCUUCUGUUCAGACCCAAUGAGCAGGAAUAGCGAGUUCUAUAUCAGUAAUGUUACCUUGGAAAAAGAGGAGGCCAACUCUGUUCCAGCCUUUCCAGUCAAAGCGGGUAGUGGACAGCUCUCUCUCAUGUCCAAGCUAACAAAAUCCUUUAACACUUAAGUGAACUCCACCCACUCCAACAGUCAUCCUUCGCAGUAAACUAGACGUAUCAAUCAACCCUUCCACCCCAAUAUCUUGACAUUUGUAGUUGGUGAUGUGCCGCUCCUGACAUCUACUGAGUUGCUUAGAUAUAAGUGACACAUCGGUUUGUGGAAGAAUUACUAGAUACAAUUAUUCAACCUAACAUACAAACUAAAUACCUUUCAGGUACACUUGUUGUAAACGAGUAUCAGCCAUUGAACAGUUUCCCUUACCCCACCUGUAUCUUAUCUUACAGUUGAGUCAACUGUAGCACAAAGAAAUUCUUUCCAGUAAUCAUUUUAUAAUCUCAUGAAUACUGAUUCCAGAAACAUUUUGACUUUAUCCUUUUUUGACUUAUCCUCCUCAUAUGACUGUAAGAUAAAUUAAAUUUUGUUAUACAUCUAACUAUUAGUUUAAAAUAUGCUUAUUAAAAUUAUCCUUUUUUUCUUGUGUACAUGUAGUGGUAAUUUUACGUAUCACAAAAUUUUAUUUGCCCCUCCCAUGAAAUUAUAAGUGCUAUAAUGUAUUUGUUCAAUUGAAGCAGUAUUGAUUUUAUUUAUGUUUUUGGUGAUAAUUUUUCCUAAUUAGUUUUAAGGUCUGACUUCAUUAAGUCUGUAGUAACUUGAAUUGUUGUAUAUAAUAAUGUGCUGUGAUUAUAUUUGAUGCAAAGAAUCAGUAAUUUUAUUUAAAUGCAGCUUUAAAGUAGAAAUAAUUAUGACAUAAUGUUAUUGUUAAAUUGUUAUUGUCAGUUUUAUUUCUAUAUGAUGUACUGUAUCUUUUUUUUAAUGUGUGCUCUUUAAAAACGUGAAGUAAUGUCCUUUGAAAGUGUGCUCAUAAGGUUUGAUGUAUUGAUUAUUUCAUUCAGCCAUUUUUAUUUCUCUUACUCUACAGUUUUGAGAACUCCUUGAAGUCAAGUAGUACAUAUAGAGUUGUAGUGUGUACGUAAAAAACAUAAUUUACGAUCUAUUUACUCCAUUAAUUUGUUAAAGUCUAUGCACUUAAACAUAAGUGCAAAAGCUGUAAGUUUAAAUUAACCUAGCAAGCAAAAUACAAAUAAAAGGCAUGAUUAUGAUCAUAGAAAAUUGUAUGUAACUUAAAUAAACGCUUUAUUUUCUGUAAGACUUGUACAAAUAUUGACAAAGGAAGGUACAAAACUACAAGCUGUUUUCAAUUAUUGUAAUUGAUGAAAUUCUAACAAUUUAAUUUAGAUUUGAAAACAAAUUGACAGCGAUAGAGAGCAAUGAAUUUGUAAUCUAACGUUACUCUUAUAUAUUAUUGAAUUAGAAAGAACUUGAAUAUAGAGUUCCCCUACUCUGGAUUGAAGCAUGCUUCACUUAAUCAGUAGAAUUAAACGUGCACUAUAUAUGCUUCCAACUGUUGUUAUUCAUAGGUGUUGUAAUUUAUAUAUCAGAGGAAGAGCCCAGAUUUCACACCUUGAAAUGUAGUGCCGUAAUGACAAUGGUGAAUAUCUUUCAAUUCUUACUCGGACAAAGAAUUGGUAUCUGUUCUGUUUGAAGUUUAAUAUUGUUAUAAGAUCAGUUUGUAACAAUACAAAUUUAAAUGUUUCCAGAGUUUUAUAAACUUGUACUCUCUAUUCGAGAAUUAUAGGAGUGGAAGGUUAGGUGCCUGAAAUAACAGUUUUACUCAUCAGCUCUCAAAUCUAUACCACCAGCUCUUAAAAACGUGUCUGUAAGUCUAAAAUCCAUAUACCAUCUGUGUAAUUCUAGAAAUUUGUGUAAGUGUUUCAGAUCUAGUAAAAAAAAUUAUAUUAGGGUCACAAAACAUAGUAAUUUUGGUCGAUCUUUUACUGAAUCAAAACUUCAGCACUAAUAAUUAUUUUUAUAUUUAUUUUUCAAAAUAACUUAAAUGUAUGUAGAUUCUUUGUCGCUACGAGCUAAUUGAGAGUACAGUAGACACCCUCUUAACCGGCCUCGGGUCAACCGGCCGCCGCUUUAACUGGCCACAAAGCAAACGAUGAGUCAUCGACAGGUCACAACUCGAACGGCUAUUUUGGGACGGUUUAGACAAUGCCUGUUCAGUUGAGCAGGUGGUUCCGAACGUGAUACAUACAAUACAUCCGUACGGUUAGUUGACAGUUUCAAGUUGUGCAGUUUAGUGUUGUGUUGUAGUGUUUUUAGGUGUGCAGUUUUUAUUAAAUGAACUAACACUUAGGAUGAUUAUACUUUUAGUUUAAAAAAUUAGUGAAAGAAAACGUAAAAGAAAUGUUUCAACUGUAAAAGAAAAGCUCGAUGCGAUCCAGCGAAUUGACAAAGGCGAAUCAGUGAAAAGAUUUGUGACGAACUUAACAUCGGGAAAAGCACUAUCAAUGAUUGGCGAUGUAAUCGCAAAUCCUUACAGGAUUUUUGCACUAGUGUCGAAACAAAUCGACAAACAUUAAAAAACCAACACAUGAGAUGGUUGACGAUGCGUUAUGGCUUUGGUUUAUGCAGGAGCGGCGAAGAGGGACUCCGAUAAGUGGACCACUUUUACAAUAAAAGGCAAUGUUUUUUCAUUCGAAACUAGAAAAGCUAAAUAACGCAGAGUUUUCAGCCAGUGAUGGAUGGUUAGGAAGAUGGAAGAAGCGACAUGAAGUGAAUUUUGUAAACAUUUGUGGGGAAAAAAUGUCCGCAGAUAUCGUUGCAGCAAACGAGUUUGUAAUCAAACUAGGAAAGAUAAUUGACGAAGAAAAUCUUUCAUCAGAACAGGUUUACAACAUUGACGAGACUGGUCUGAACUUUAAAUGUCUACCACAAAAAACAUUCUCUGUUGGGAAUGAAAGUUCAGCUCCUGGAUUUAAACUUAACAAAGAACGGGUUACACUCGCCUUAUGUACAAAUGCUGUAGGAUCACACAAGCUCCCACUUUUGGUCAUUGGGAAAUCCUAGAAACCACGAGCGUUUAAAAAUGUAAAUGUUUCAUCGCUUCCUGUGUUUUAUUGUGCCCAGAAAGCAGCAUGGAUGGAUGACAAAACUUUAAAGACUGGUUCGUGAACGAGUUUGUUCCAAAAGUAAAAAAAUAUUUAAAGGAACGUAAAUGACCUGAAAAGGCCAUUCUAAUCUUACACAAUUCUGGCACACACCCCCUGGUCUUGAAUGUGAAGAAGCGCCCGGUAUAAAAUUGGUUUUCCUUCCAGCGAACGUCACAAGUUUCAUUCAACCUAUGGAUCAAGGAGUCAUAGAAUGCUUAAAGAAACGUUAUCGACGCAAACUGCUUUCAGAAAUUUUGGGGAAGGUGGACUCGGGAAUGAAACUUAUAUCAGCUGUUAAGCACUUAAAUAUUAAGGAUGUUAUCUACAUGGUCGCAAAGGCGUAUGAAGAAAUGCCUAGUACAACGUUUAUUAAAUCUUGGCCAGACAUAGAAAACAUCGUUGCUAACCCAGCUGAAGAUGAAAAUUUGAGUACUAGUGAUGAUCAUCUUGAAGAGAAAAAUUUAAAUGAAUGGGUGACAGGUGACUAUGACCUUGAAAAAGAGUUUUUUAGUGACAAUCAAAUCGUAGAAAAAGUUGUUGAGGAGGCAAGUGAACAAGGUAUUCCAGAGAACUCAGACGAAGACGAUCAAGCAGAAAAAAUCAGUCAUGAAGAGGGGAAAAAAAGCACUUCAGUUGGCCACAAUGUAUAUUGAGCAGCAAGACCUGUCGACAGCUGUAGAUGUGAUGUUCAUUUAAAAGUGGAGAGACUAUGCCUUCAUAAAGAUGAUGGAGAAGAAAACACAAAAGAAAAUAACAGAUUUCUUUUAGUAUUUACCGGAUAUUUCAUGUACUGUUGUGUUUCUGUGUCUAAAAUUACUAUACUUCGGAAACAAAAUAUAAGUUUUACUUUUAUAUUUUUCUUAUACAAUGUAAUACAGUAUUUAUUGUUAUUAUGUAUUCUAUAUGCCACUGUUCUUUAAAAUAUUAAAAGUAAUUAGGGUUUCAGUAAAAUAACCUUUUGAAUUAAAUACAUUUUUUUUUACCGGUACAGUAUUACAUAGUUGGUACGUAUACAGUAUACCAAUUAAGGUUAUAUUCGUCAGAUUAACCGGCCAAACCGCUUUCCGGCCGGGAGGUCAGUCCUGUAAUGGCCGGUUAAGAGGGCUUUACGGAUCUCAUAAAAAACUAUAUUUUUUUAUACAACUAACCUUCCAAAAUAAAAGCAUGGACGUUUCCAGACUAACUCUCUUUUCUAGUGAAAUUUUAUCAUAGCGGUGCAAUAUCUAUUUAUCAUUCAUUAUAGGUAUAACUUAUGUAGUAAAUAUUAAAAUGGUCAUAAGCUUGAUAUUUCUGAUAAAUUCGAAUCAGAUCAGGAUUUCUUUGCGAUCAGUGUAAUUUAUCAAUUUCCAAAUAGUGUUAGUUAAUCAUACAGUGCAAUACAAGUGUUGAGUUAUGGUGAAGUUGUACUCAUGCAUGUAUCCCAUUCAAAUUAAUGCUACUUUCAAUUAUCUUUAUUUUACAUAGGCCCGAUAAUUAUUUUGUCAAAUACAUAUUUAGUUGUAAAUAAAGGUGUUAGAUCCUAAAAAUUGUAAAAUGUAUAUUAAAGACUGUAUAAAUUAUUACAAGGUAUGUGCAGUACAUUUACAAACUAACCCUAAUGGUAAGUGACAUUCAGUGUAUAUUCACACCUACUAACUCACAUGAAAGCUUGGUUGCCAGUAUUUGUCACACUAUGAUUGUUCAGACUGUCAGAGCUGUGAUCGUUUUUGUUGUGGAUUUUCAGGUUUUAUGUGGAAAUUCAGGAAUUUACUGAGAAACAAUACAGCGUCAAGUUUUUGGUGAAAUUUGGGGAAAUCUCUAGUUAUGUGUUACAUUAGGAUGUAUCACUAAAAUUUCAUCAUUAUUGUACAAUUUUGGCAAAUUAUUGGUGAAAAUUUUGCAACAUGAACAGUUUCCUUAGGAUUCUAUGUUCAAAUGAGUUUUCCAAAUUCAUUCCUUCAGCUCUCCAAUCACAAAAUACAAAAGAACAAAGGUAUUCCAAGAUUUUCAUUAAUAUAGGAGUUGAAAAGCCCCCAAACCCCUCUUAUCAGUGACCCUAUAUCGCUCCUAUAAUCUUUGUGGUCAUCAAUCGAAAGUAACUGUUUUCUUCAAUUUUUUUUAACGCUCUUAAGAUGUCAGUAAUCCCUGGAAUAUUUUUAUUAAGAUUUAUUAAAAAUUUGACGAGUGUUUGUUCCAUCAGUCUUAGUGCUUUUGUUCCUAAAAAAAGGAAUAAAAAUUGUAGUUCCAUACAUUUUCAUAUUGCUAAAAAAAAACAAGCACAGCAAAUUCUACCAUAACACUAAUAGUCUGUGGGUCUCCAGUCUAAUAAAUUAGCUAACCAACUGAUCUAAUACAUUCUGUGCAAACCAAUUGAAACAUUUGGUAAGUUAGUGUAUUUACUGGCAAGACCUCUUACAAUACAAGUACCUAAAACUCUUCUCCUCUUUUGUAAAGAAGUAAAAACAUUUAAGUCUAACAUGGUGCAAAUAUUGUGGCUGUCAGAUUUUCACAAUUUCAACUGGGUGAAUACAGCUUUUCCUCUUAUUAACUGAGAUAGGUGUUAAAUUGUAAACAACUACUCUAUUAAUUCAGUGAAUUAUACUCAACAAUUUGAAUUUACAAUUAACAAUUCAGGUGGUAUUUUUAACUAAACAUGUUUGAAAGUUUAUAUUCUAACAAUUUUUUUUUUUAUUCACGUUAAAAUUUUAUUUUGUUUCUUUGCAUUUGCUUCAACAUAGUUAAAGAUUUAUUUUGUUUCUUUGCCUUUGCUUCAACAUAGUCAUUGAAACUACCUAGCCUUCAGGUGCUGCCUAUUGUUGUAUCAACUGUAUUUGUUUGCACGUACUUAAAAGUUUCAAUGAAACAGGAACUUCUACCAAAUAAUAUUAAAUCAGUAUUUUAUUUUAUAUUGUUACUGUUAUAUUUAUUAUUACUUUUAUUCAUACUUAAGAUUAUUGAUAACAUUAUACUAUGGUUUUAAAAUGAGAUUAUGAUGGUACAACCAGAGACUUGACUGAAUCAAUUUGAGUUGUAUUUUAUAAGCUACAGAUCAUUUUAAAAUGAAUAAAUUUAAUUCUAUUAUAUUGAUAACAUUAAGUAUGUAUACUUAAUAACAUUUUUACCUGAAACUUAAUCUUGAUUUUACUAUUGUUUACUCUGUGGUAACAAAACUUUUGUUUGAACGUUGUUUAUACAGGUGUUCAAAGUUGAAAGUUUUGUACGUGAACAUUCAUAAUAACGUAUAAUUUGUUAUAACCUCUAUGUGAACUUUAGCAAUAAUUUUGAAGCCUUUAAAGUAUUUUACUUAGUUGGAUGUUAUAGCUAUGGUAAUUUUUGUUAUAUAUUGUGUUAGGGACAAUUAUGGCAUAAGUAAAAUAAAAGGGAAAACAGAAUUGUCAUAAGUCACAUUUCUUGUGUAUAAAACCUCAAUGCCACGUAAUAAAAUUAUAUUAACUCUUAAGUUAAAUAUUUAUUUCUCACUAAUGAGUAUCUGAGAAUAAAAUUAUGAUCUGUAAAAAAUCCAGUACAAUGCUUUCUGUAGUUUGUAGGACAAGUGUUUUGGCAUUAGUGUCUAAAAUAUUUGGAAUAAAAUUUAUUUAUAGUUGUUGCUGUUGAUAAAUCAAGUAAUAAUCAAGUUUGUUCAGCAAUAGUUGAGGUAUAAAUAUGCAAUAUUGCUUCAUUAUAACUCUUUUUUUUUUCAAAGCACAAAUUUACAGACGUAGUGGCUGUGCCUUCAGUUGACCGUAUGACCCUGUACAUGACUAUAUAACUGUUAUAAGUAUGUAUAGAAGGAGUCCAUUACCAAAGCUGAAUGUAUAGUUCAACGCAGUUGAGCCUGCUAGUCCUAAUGUUUUCAAAAUAUUUUUCAACGCUUCAUACUGAGAUUAUAUGUCUGUGUGUUUUCCAGUUAAAACAUCCUGACUUAAUAACGGUUGAUGGUGUAACUUUAAAAUCAUUCACACUUUAAUUAUUAAAAACAGAAACCACCCAAGUGCUUUUAAAAAUGUAGAGUAAGUUGGUUUUUAUGGUUUGGUUUUACCAUUUUUUAAAAGGCCAAUGGCUUCGGGAAUGCUACACCUCCAAAGUCAAAAUAAAAGCUAAUCAAGCGGUUAUUUCUCAAUCAUGAAGUAUAAACUACAAAAUUGAUAUUAUUGGCUGGUACAUUAAGUUUUGUCAUAUAUUGAUCACAUAAACUACCACCCAAAAUGUUUUGGUUGAAAGGAUGUUUUUGUUUUUGAAGAUAAUUUCAGUCAUAGCGCUAUAAGAUACCAUCUCUGAGGACAGAACAAAUUUUUAAAAGAUUUUUGAUUAUUCCACGAGGAAUGGUAAUAAUAUUAAGCAGAAUUUGGGGUGUCUACGACAGUAAAACUGUUGAUGAAAGGGAUAUGAACAGUUUACAGUAUAAACAUGAAACAUAACUGGAGGAGUGAGGGAAUUAUACAAAAAUUAAUUUCGUUAAGAAGAAAAUGAUUAACCUUCCAGAACCGACAUCACGGAAGAUACCUCCGGGUCUAAAUUCAUUUCUUAAUUUUUCCAAGAAGCCUGUGGUCGGCUGUGAUUACGUGAAGUAAACUUCUAGUUACUUUCACGAGCCGCUUUCCUAGAAUAAGAUUUCUCUACCCCAGUUCCGUUGCACCAAUUUCUUUUUUGUCAAUCUCUUAUAUUGUUCUCCUAAAAAUUAAAUCAACUUAUGAAUUACACUAUGCAUAGCUGAAUUGUUGUCUUUGUGCAUAUUGUUAUAUAGCUAGUUCUAAGACUGUUUCAGUUAUUUAAGCAGAGUUUUCAGGAAAUGUUCAUUAAAGUACAUACAUAUAGCAGAGAGAUAUUGAGUAACUUUGAAAAACUUUUAGUUUGUAUUAAGACAGAAAAGUAUAAAAAUUGUUUUAAUCACUCCAUCACGAAUUUAGGGUGUUUGAAGUAGGAAAUUUGGGCAAUUUUGUAAUCAGACCCAAAAAAAGGUUGAAGAUAAAAAGGUAAAAUUUUUGCUGUUUAUACAUAAGUUUAUCACAGUCUAAUUUGAUACUUCAUAGAAGUUUUUCAAUUGGGAGUACCCAAAAAAACAUUUUAAAACAACUUAAAUACGUUAUCAAUUUUGUAACACACUGUGAAUGUGUGUGGUAUUUCCAACAUGUCCUCGUGGAACAUGCGCAGGCCAUCAUACUGUCUCUCAGUUAGAGACCAAAACUCCUUGAUAGUCUAAUCAAAUUUUGGUUGGGAAAAUAUAUUUUUUAAUUUUAAAUUCAUAGCCCUUUAAUAUAAUUUACCUGAAGACAGAAAAGUAUAAAAAUUGUUUUAAUCACUCCAUCACGAAUUUAGGGUGUUUAAAGUAAGAAAUUUGGGCAAUUUUGUAAUCAGACCCAAAAAAAGGUUGAAGAUAAAAAUGUAAAAGAUUUACUGUUUAUACAUAAGUUAUAGCUUCAAAGAGUGAUACAUUUUUAUGCAUUUAUAGUUUAAGCAUAUUUAUAAUUUGUAAUGAAAUAUAAUUCAAGAAAAUUACGUUUUUGCUCAUUUGUUUUAAUGAAAUUGUGGAAGGAAAUGAAAAACAUGUCAUUCUCUCCGGUCAUCUAUCAUGUACGUACUAAAAAAAGUAUAUAUCCCUAUCUUCAACCGCUUUUCUUUGUACUUGAUGUGAGAUAUCCAAAAAUUCUGCUCCAAACUCCUACCCAUCAUUUUGGAAUAAUACAAAUAUUUUAGCGCAUUUACUGUCUUCAAAAAUGGUAUCUUAAAUGGCUGUGACCAAAAUUUCCUUUAAAAAUAAAAAAAAUCAACUGGAAACCAAUUUACACCAUCUUAAUGUUAUAGGUAGGCUUUACAUAGAUUGGUGAUCCCAUUUCAGGUCUGUAAGUCCAGGGAGUAGCUCUUUACACCUCCGGGGUGUUAUGACAAAGAUUUAAUUGUGUAGAAAACUUGCUAGCAAAUGGGUACAUGCUAUGACUGCUUGUCUGAAGCAAAAUAAUUAGUGUCUAAGUGAAGUUCUGUCUCUCUUUAAUUGUAAACAAAAUGGGGUACUUCCACAUGUAUGUUAUUUAAUUAAUUUACUAUAUUCAAUGUAUUAUAAUGUGUUCAAUUUUAGCUUUGCACAUCGAAACUGUUUAAACUUAUUCAGACAUACAGAUAUAUAGUGUCAGUAUGCAUUGUAGGGAAUGUAUUGAUAAGAUGUAAAAUUACUUUACAACGUAUAGAGUUAUAGAAAAUAUUUCUGUUAGCAAAGGAGAUGAUCGUAAAUUAAAGAAACUUUCUGUAUAUCUAAGAUCUAUGUUUUUGCCUCGAUCAACUAAUUUGUUACUUUGAAAUUAUCUAAUGACUUAAAUAGUGUUUUACCAAUAGUUUAAUUUGAUUGAUUAUAAUUUAUUCUUUGGAAUCAAGGUAAUUUUUUAGUUACAUAUGUCCAUGUCUAGUAAAACAAGGUAAUUCCCGGAAUAUUUAGCUCAAUUUUAGCUCCAUUGGAUCAUUUGAAAGGAUGGAGGACAACUGUGUGAUGGACAACUUGUUGUUUUAUUGUAGCAAUGUUGGAAAUAAAUAUAAAUAUAUAAUUUGGAA